UUUUUUUUUUACAAAAACAUAAUAAUUACACAUAAAGACAUAUCAAGAUAUGUUCAUUGUUUAUAUAUUACAGUUCCUGCUCUUUAUACAUGCUGCACGAUCGGCGCUUUUAACUCCGAAUCAACAAUCAAAAAUUGCAAAUCAAUCAUCUAUAGCAUCGACAGACAACCAAAAACCUGUAUAUAAAAUAGGAAUCAUAUUUCCAAAUGCAACCGCGGUGAAGAAAGAUGAUGCAAACUUAGCAAAUAUGAUUUUGUCAAGUGAAGUAGCCAUUCAACUUGCUGCAGAUAAUAUUAAAAGCAACAUUUUAACAGAUGUGGAAUUGAAAUUUACGAGAUAUUAUUCUGAUCAGAGCAGCCCAGGAAAAACAUCAUGGACAGCUGUUUCAAUGAUAGAAGAUGGAGUCGAGUAAUUAUCAGCAAUGUUUGAUUUGUUUUAUGUAUUGAAAUUUUUUUUUAGUGCUGUUAUAGGCGACAUGGUAUCUGAAAUGACAGAAGCUUCCGCAUCACUGACAGGCCUAUGGCAGAUACCCCAAUGUUCUUGUGCUUCAGCUUCUUUAACCCUUUCAGACAAAAAACAGUAUCCAUAUUUUUUUAGAACGGCCGGCAGCGCUGUUCUUUUCGGCGAAUCGCUUGUUGAUUGGGUAAACAAUAUGAAAUGGGAUAUGUUUGCUCUAGUCUAUACUAACGACUUGAUUGGACAACAAGUGUUGCAAGCCAUGUCGAGUCGAGCAUCAGAAUAUGGAAUCACAACCAUGACACGAAUUCCUUUAUACAGUUUAAAUGAAAAUAGAAUCGAAAAAUCACUAUCUACACUAGAGGAGUCUGGAUGUCGAGUGGUAGUACUAGCGGAUUCAAGAACAAUAGACCAAGUAUUAAUUCUGAAAAAAGCAAUGCAAAUGGGACUUAUGAAAAAAGGAUGGGUAUGGGUAGUCAUGAACGAUAUUUCACCCGUGCUACUUGAAAAAAUCCAGUCACCCGAGGAGCUUGCCAUGUAUGACGGCCUCAUGUUUAUUAGCGGGUUAUGGGAUUUAAAGGGCUUACCGGAAUAUGAUAAUCUAAACCGAUUAUGGAAAACGCAACAAGUUCCUGAUGAUUUUACAACAAAAGAAGAUUGGAGCACAUUAGGUCUGUCGUAUAAUGCACCAUCUGCUUAUGCAUGUACUGAAUUGCUUGCACUUGGUCUCAGCCAUGCCUUAGACAAUUACCCAGGAGGCCGACCAGCGGGCAUAUCAGAUCUCCGGAACUCUGCAUUUAAUUCUUCAAAUAUGACACCUUACUCUUACAAUCUCAAUUACACUGGGCCUUCAGGUUAUAUGGAAUUUUCCGAAGAAGGAGAUCUUCAAUCCGGCUACUUUGAAUUAUUAUAUAUGCGAAAAGGUUUAUCUGUACCUUAUGCUACGAUAAAAGUAAAAAAAUUUGAAUUUUAUCCAAAUACUUCUAUUCUGUAUCUUGGUCCUUCGACAGAAAAACCUACAGCAAUGAUGGCGCGAUAUGCCUUAAACCCAUCCGUUCAUAAUGCAGCUGGUAUAACAGCAUUGGUGAUUUGCUCAAUUGGUAUCGUUUGUUGCAAAAGCAUGAUGGUUUUGAUUUUUUUUUAUCAAUACUUAAAGCCAAUCAUGGUCUCAAGUCCUGUUUUCUGUUAUUUACAGCUUAGUGGUAUCUCCAUGAUAUAUACUUCAAUUCUUCUAUACCUUGGAAAGCCGAACGUUGGGAAAUGCAUUGCAGUUGUAUUACUUACCGUAAUUGGUUUUGUGUUAGUAAUUGGAAGUCUAAUUGCCAAAAACUAUAGGAUAUAUAGAAUAUUCCAGAAUGUUUUUACUGUGCGCACAACAAGGUUGAAGUCAUAUUAUCUUGUUCGUAUUGUCGCUCUGUUUGUAAUAAUUGCAAUCUCGCCUCUCAUUGUCUGGUAUGCAUUAUAUCCUGUCGUAGUAAAGGACGUAAUGGUAUCAAAUACAACUUAUUGCUGGCUAUGUACUUAUCCUGCGGCAAAAGUAGGAUACUGGGGCCAUAUUACCAUCAGUGAAAUAGUUGUUUUGAUAUGGUGCUCAAUCCUAAUUAUUAUAUCUGCGUUCCUUGCAUUUAAGACGCGAACUGUCAGUAGCAAAUGGUCAGAGACUACACAGAUUACAUAUGUUAGCUACAAUACAGGCAUUGCUUCAUUAGUGGCAUGCCCUGGUUUUUUUUUAUCGACAGAAAACUAUAGUAUAUCUAUGUUCUUGAAAAUAUCAAGCGUUUUAUUCGCAGCAACGUUUACACUUGUAGUACUCUAUCUCCCUAAGUUUAUAAUAAUCGCCCGCCAUAUUAUCAAGCAUAACAAGAAAUUGAGCCUUUACAGAAUGAACACGUCUAGCGAAGUAGAAUUAACAAAACAUACAUAUUCAACCUCAUCAGAUGAAAAAGUCAACCUAAAUUUGGUGGCACGAAACCUGUUUGAUUUUACUGUAGAAGCCCAUGAAGGUAUACUCCCUGUAAAGAAGUUGGCUCGUUACGAGUUUUUCUCAAUCUGGGAAUUGAAACACAUCAUUCUUGUUCCACUUAAACGGUUUUUUGUUUUAUCAAAUAAAACUGGAGAUGGAGCUACGAUGCAUGCUUAUGUUGACUGCGAAAUGGUAAAUUCUACCGAAGAAAACCAUCAUAUAUUCCGAGUAAGAACGGAUGCCGGUUUAGUUUUCUUGUUUCAAGUGAGUGACAAUACUGCACUUAAAAGAUGGAUAAAAUGGUUUAAAGGAGGGGCACCUGCUUCAGAUAAUAAUACAGCCAAUCAAGUUGCUAUCGCAACAGAAGAUCAGCAAGUUCUACCAUUAGAUCAACUUUCCCGACCCAAAAUGCAAACAGCUACAUUUGGUGUGGGUGAUUCAUCCUCUUCUGUGGCACAGCCAUUGGUUGCAGCGUAUUCAUCAUUUUAUAGUACAAACCUAAUGACAAAUUCCCAUCAACAAUCCCGAAUGAAUAGCGAAUCAUACUCUACAAUGCAUGGCCAAUCCAUGUUAAGUUCUCAACCUGAACAACCUAUGGGAGCCAGUAACUCGUUUGGCAUUAUGGAUUCGAAUUGGCAGCGAUACCCCUAAGAACUAUAUAAAAGUAUUUUUCUCCUUCUAUUGUUUUUUUCCAAUAUAC